UGAAACUUGCAUGCAAGGUAACCAUGGUAAUGGUUGAUCCAACAUUUUAAAUAAAGUUGAAUAAUGUUUAGAAUACUGUAUUUAUUGUGUAUGAGUUCUUCAGUAAAGUGCGGUUCUAGAGAUGAGUGAAGAAUUUGGAAAAUCCGGUCUUUAUAUCGAUGAUUUGUACACACUACGGGUGAUUGAUCCAGAAGUAGCCAACGAAACUAACGAGUUGAAGGAUGAGUGUGAACAGUUUACAGAUAGGCUGUCGGAGUUUCGUCGGAUAAUAGAACAGUUCACCAGCAUUGUGGAAAGUUUCGCAACCGAGGUAGACCACGAGAAAAUGCGAGCAAUAGGAAUCCAAAACUUGCUGAAAACAUUUUCCAAGCAAAGGGAAUCGGAGCAGCAACAAAUUCAGAGUGAAAUUAUCGAGAAAAUGGUCGAGCUGGACAAGCUGAAAAUCGAAUACCAAUAUCUGCAGAGAAUCGAAUCCGAGCAACAGGAAAUUAUUGAUAAUUUCUAUCAGAAUCAAUAAAAAUGUAACAAUUAGAA